AUGCAAAAUGGAGCAUGCUAUGAGUACUGUACAGAUGGAAAAAUUUCAAAAAGAUAUUCUGAUUGCGGUUUAGAUAAUGUAUCAUGUAUAGAUGGAUAUCAAUUGAAUUCAUAGAAUAAAUGUGAGAAAAUUAUUUGCUCUGCUAAAAUUUCUACUGCUGAUACUUUUUCAGCAUUUUAAUAGCAAUGUCUAAAUUGUAGCAUCGCUUUUAAUUAGAAAGAUUGCUCGAAUCCAUGUUUACCUGGUACAGAAUUAUAAUAUUAUAACUCGCAGCUAAGAUCAUGUAUGGUAUAUUGUGGUAAUGGAAUUAUUGCAUAUGAUAAAAAUACUUGUUCUUCAUCCAAUAUAUGUAUAAAUGGAGCACAAUGGAGCGAUUAAGAAAAAUAAUGCAAAAAUUAAUAAAUUAAAUGUUCUAGCUCUUCACCUGAUAAUUAUUUGUAGUAAUGCUCAAAUUGUAGUUUGGUAACAAAUAUCAAUUAUUGCUAAAACAGUUGCUAAAGCUAACAAUAUUAUGAUUAUAAAUAAUAAAAAUGCAUGAUAUAUUGUUUAAAAGGAGUUAUUGCAUAAGAUUAAGUAAGUUGCUAAUCAUCUAAUCUUUGCAUUGAUGGUUUUAAAAGUUCUGGUUAAGGUAAGUGUGAUCCUAUUAGUAGCUAAGAUGGUUAAGUUAACUCAAAUGAUAAUUAAAGCAAUUCAAAAUAUGAAUAAAAUUUAUUGAUUAUAAAUAUUAUGAUAUCAUUAUUUGCAUUUUUGAUAAUUAUUAUUUUAGCAGCCUGUUUUAUUGCAUUAAGAAAAUUUAAAGCCUUUUUAAAAAAUAGUGACAAAAAUAAUUAAAAAAUAUAUGAAAUAAUAAAUAAUCUUGAAUCAACACAAAAAAUACAUAUUGAUAAUAUUAAAAAUUAAUAGUUAGAAAUAGAUUCAUUAAAAAUUAUAAGAAAUACAAAUAAUUAACUGCAUAAUAAUUAAAUUGAAAUCGACUUCAAUUAAAAUAGUCAAGAAGAUUUAGCUUUGCAAGAUUAAAAUGACAGUUAGAAAACAAUUAAAUAACUUCAAAGUAAUUUUAUUUUACAGUAAUAAAAUUCUAAAUAGAAUUAUUAGGAAAAUCCACUAAUAUAGGUUUAAGUAAGUUAAUAAAAAGACACAGAUUAACUAUGA